AUGGAAGAUGGUUCAGUGUUGUGGUGGAAAUGAGCUAGUGAGUAGCGCACGGCUCUGAACUCUGGCGGAAAAUCAUGUGUUGUGACUUUCCCAAGGAAAUGGUGACGACAGAAAGAUGGGCCACAUAAAGAAUAUCAGUGAACUGCUUCCCGACGAGCCACUGAAGGACCCGUUUGAAGAUGAGAUCCACUUCAACAACACAGUCAGGGAAUACAUUCUGUUCCUGGUGCUGCUGCUGCUGUUGUCGGUAGCGUCACACGUGGUGGUGCUGCGGUACCGCCGUCGGGAAGCUGCUAACCUGCCCCCACCCAGACACACUGACGACGACGAGGCUGCUGUCGACCGAAUAGCGUUAUGGCUCUGCACGUUCAGUCUGUCGGUGUCCCUCGGCGCUGUGUUGCUCCUGCCCAUCAGUAUCAUGAGCAACGAGGUUCUCACCCUCUACCGCGACUCCCUCUACGUGCAGUGGCUCAACUUGUCUCUCAUUCAGGGAUUGUGGAACAUCAUCUUCCUCUUCUCCAAUCUGUCGCUGUUCGUGGGGCUGCCAUUUGCCUACCUCUUCACCGAGUCUGAAGGGUUCCCUGGUUCACGUAAGGGACUCCGAGCUCGGAUCGUUGAGACGGUGGUGGUGUUGACGCUGCUGGUGGUGCUGGUGUUUGGUGUGGCUCUCAUCCUCUCCUUCCUCUUGGGUUAUUACGAACAGGAAAAUCUCUCGCAGAUGAUCGAUGUAUGGGGGAGCUUCUACUUACCCUUCCUGUACUCUCUCAUCUCGUGUCUGGGUGUCCUGAUGCUCCUUUUGUGCACACCUGUUGGGCUGGCCCACUUGUUUACUGCCAUGGGGAGAUUGAUGGUUAAACCUGGAUUUUUACGAGACCUGGCUGAAGAGUACCAGGCUGCUGUGAUGAAAGAGGAUGCUCUGGCCCGCCGGCUAGCACGCCCAUUACGCCCACAUGCCAGACCCAUCACUCGUUCUAUUGCUAAUGCCCCUACUACAGAGGAGCUUUUACAACAAUAUCACGCCAUAAAGAAAACAAGAAUUAAAUUAGAUGAGCGUCGUCGAGCUGGGAUUUUUCAGCGCACUCUAGCAUAUCCCCUGGCACUGCUGUUCUUGCUGGCCUUAACUGGCACAGCUGUGGUCCUAGUGGGGCUCAACACCUUACAGUUACUUGUUGGUAUAAAGGCCCUGCCACUAGCCUCAGCCCCAGCCAUACUAGGAGAAGCCCAGCAGGGCAAGCGGACAGUGCUUCUCUCAGUGCUGGGGCCUGUUGGUGCUGUGUUGGAGGUUGUGCUCAUCUUGUACCUGAUCGCUGCAUCCCUGCUGGGUUGCUACUCCCUGCCCAUCAUAGCUAAGAUCCGUCCCCGGCCAGGAGACACUCCCAUGGUGCACGUCAUUGCCAACUGUGUUGUGGUACUAAUUCUUUCCAGUGCUUUGCCUCUCUUGGCUAGAACGCUUGGGAUCACAAACUUUGACUUGCUGGGUGACUUUGGCAAGAUCAGCUGGUUGGGUAACUUUUGGAUAGUGUUGGGCUACAAUAUCUUGUUUGCCACUGCGGCAGCGUGGUGUUUGGUGAAGAAGUUUACUGCAACCAUCAGACACGAGAUAUAUAUGAGAUUUAAGCUGCUGGCCAUGUGGCUUGUGAAGCGUGACACCUUCAAGUUACCAGCGCACGUCAUGAAUGGAAGCAUGAUAAACCCAGGGAAUCUAAAAGAGGAGUAGAAAGGAUGUUUGGGUAUGGAGACCCAAAUCUGAAAGACCCAGGGUAUGUGAAGUUGCAGGUACCGUAAAAUGAAUCUUUUGUGUAAUAUAUAAUUUGUUUAACUAUGGUUUUACACAAGAGAAAUCUCUUCUUUUGUCUCAUGGUUUAACAUUACCUUGGGAAGUUACACAGAAGGUUAACCCUGGCCAUGUCUGUCUCACCCAUAGUCACAUAUGGUUGAUGUGCAUUGCAUGUUGCAGCAUUCAAAGCAUUAUUUUUACAGAAACAAAGAAUUGAUUACUUAUGAGUUAAAAGAUUCAAUGAGUAUUUGAUGACAGUAAAUAAAAAAUCCAGUAGUAUUGUAUUCAAAAAUAAUUCUCAUUUAGCAAAAUGCUUCAUAAACUUUAGGAAGCAAAUAUAAUGUGAUCUACAAAGAAAAUAACAAAUGAGAGGACUGUAUUAGGUAGAGGACAGCCAUAGGUGGUAGAGUGUACAUUUUGGCAGACUGUAGUAUAAUACUGCAUGUGGAAGUCAGUAUAGUGUUGGUGGAAGUUAAAUAAGUACGAUAAAUACAGUGCUAGAUAAUUGAAACGUGAUCUGUGUACACAAUGCCAGAGCAAAGUUUUGUUUACCAAAUCCACUUCGAAUCAUAUCCUAUCUUAAGGUAAGACCCAUCAACAAAACUUUAAACAUUCAAUAAAAGACUUGUUGGUGUGACCACUACUUAUGCAGUCACUAUUUGUUCAACUAAGAGAUAAAAAAAAUAUGAGGAAGAAAUUGGAGUAUCACGGCAGCUUUUGUCAGUAACUGGAUUUUCAGUCAAGUGAGUAUUCCCCAUAUUGAUGUGUUGCAGUGACAAAAAUGGAAUUUCUGGGUUAGUAUUGUUAGAGGUUAUGUUAUAUUGUUGCAUUGCAUCACAUGUCCAUGUCACUAACAUCAAGUAUAUAUGGUAUCUUUAUAUUAUGGUAUACUCGUUUAUACAGUAUUGUACUGUAUAUGUUACUCAGUUUUUUGAGAAGUGAAAAUGUUGUCAUUCUGUUCAAAAUUGCUCCCCAAAUGCUGUCAUGAUAUAUUCCAGAAGUGCUGGUGGAUGAUGUUGAACUGUAUAUAAUGUUUCAGAUCAGGAAUAUUUAUGUAUCAUACUUAAUCUUCUAAGCAUUUAGGAGUCCGCUAUAUAAUUCAUUACCUUAUGGAUUGUAUUAUAGCCUCCCAAGUUGACAGUUUUCCUACCCUGAGUGGCACAGCACCCAGCUGUGUGUUGUAAUUAAAGUUAGUUACAAGCAACCAUGACUGCCAGUUAAAAUCUGAAUGCUCAGUUAGCAAUUUUUAGUACAGCCAACACUAGUGUCCAGUUUGCAGUAUGUUGACAAACUGAGUAUAAUGCUUCCAUGGUCAACUAGGCAAAUUUUGGGCAAAUGUUUCAGUGAGAAUUGGUGUUGGUGUUAUUAAAGUACUGAUGACCAUUGUGAAACCCAAGGUGCUUUGGAUUUACAUGGCCCAGUCUGUUUUGGGAUUUUUUUUAUCACUGAACUUGAAAUUGGCCUUGAUCCCUGGGUGUGUCUGUUCAUAAUUACAGGAAGUGGACAUUGUACAGUAUAAGAAAGUUCUUAAUGGUGUGGUCCCAUUCUAGUCAACAGAAAAUCUUAAGAGGAAUAUACAGUAAGUCUAGUAAGCAUGAAACCAACAGGAACAAUUUUCAUUGGUAAAGACAAAUGUGUAUUAGAGAUUGAAUGAAAUGAUAUGUAUACUGUAAUAUUCUUUAGGAGGCUCUCAGGUAAUUUGCUAAAGAGUAUUAAUGUCAACAAGUAUAGUACUAAAUAAGUAUGUUGCAAUACUUUACUAAAGUUGCAAAUAUGAAUACAGUAAUAACACUAACAAGAAUUUCUAUUAUUUUUAUUAGCUGAACAUUAUCAUCAUUCCUAAUAAUUUUAAUAAUCCACAACCUUUGUCAAGAACAUAGCAGCAGGAGGAUUUUAUUAGCCUUGAUUAAUUUAUAUAUAAUGUAAGAAAACAUAAUUGUUCCCAACUUAUUGAAGCAUAGUCUCUUUGUUUAUCAACCAGAUAACUGUGUGGGGUUACAGGGACUGAGGGCAGUGAUGGCUCCUAUUGUUUAAAAGUCAUCAAGGUUCCUCACGUAGGUUGUGCAAUUGUCUUCAUUUACUGGAGAAAGUAUCAUAUUGAAAAGACAUUAUAUAUUCACAUGCUUAUUCAGAUUCAUAUUUUUUUAAUUACUUAUUUCAGAACUUCUUUUGUAAAACAAACACAGAAUAAUUAUGGAAUUUGAUUAUUUUCUGGUGAUAUGUUUUGCUAAAUUCCAUGCUUAUCUCGCUUUUUUAUUUAUUUAUUAUUAUAUUUUUUAUAACUGAAUACUCAAUGAACGACGACCUAGGGAGGUUUUUUGUUUUGUUUGUGUACCCCUCAACUAUUUCAUCCACAUGAAGAUAUAACAGAGUUGUGGGUACCAAGUAUAAACAAUAUGGACACUGAAUUUAUGAAUUUAUUAAGAAGGAAAUAUCAGAAAAAUAUGUAUGAAGUGUACUGUAUAUUUUCUUUUUCUUAAAAGAUUAUGAGGUGACAUUGAAAGAAUACUUAAGACAGAUAAUAAUGCAAGUACAGAUCUAUAGUUAUUUUCCACAUUACCAAAAUUAUAUUGGUUCUCAUUUUACUGUAAUGUAGAAAUGUGAGGAAGCUUUGUAACCUUGUAUGAUGAAAUGAAAUGCCAGUAGUAGCUGAUUAUUAUAAUGGCAGUCAAUGGGCAUCUUACAGGGACUCCUAAAUUUUCUUGAGAUGGUCUUGGUGUCUCUUUGGCUUGAAUAUUAAUGUACAUGUACAGUAUUGUUAAGUAUGAUGCCCAUCUGUUGGGGUCUGUUCCUACCACAUGGCACUGUGACUUUGGUUCUGAUUUCUGUUACUGGGAUAUUUAAUGAAAGGGUAAACAAAAAUCUUAAGUAAAGGAGUGUUGUAUCACAAACAUUUCAUGGGAAUAUGUAAGAGGUCCCUUGAAUUGUUUUGUAAUCAAACAUAAGAAGUUAGUGUGUUACAUAAAACAAUUGCAAAACACAAAAACAUUCUUAAGUAUUAAUGGCAAAGUAAGUCUGGUGUUUGCUUAGACUCAAUUGAUUUUGGAGUAAGCAAGUCAUGAUCAGAGGUUUAUCCAACACUGCUGGUGCCAAAUUGAAGCAAAUUAGCUGUUAUGAAACAUGUUAAGUUGGUUGUUGAUCAUUAAAGAAAUUUUUUUUUUUAAUUUAACAUAGGAGUACAGUACCAAAUUAGAUCAGGUAUCAUUUGAUAGAUUGGGCACUGGCCAAAAAAAACCCCAUCAUUUGGUUUUGGAAAAAGUUCAUCAAAGGUUAAAUUCAUACAUCUUAUAAGGCUCUUUGGUUGAACACAGUUCAGUGCAGACCUUUUUGAAAUACAAACCUAAUUUAAUUUUGUGAAUGAUCAUAAUCUUAUACAGUAUAAGAGGGGGGUGCUUUUCCAAACAAAAUUACACUGACCUUGACCUUUGAGUAUUGAUUCCAAAAUCAAUUGUCCUGUGUGUCUUUAAGGGCAUCUAAUAGGAAAAUUGAUGAAGGUUUGAACUGAAAAAGAUAAAUCGUGCAGAAACCAUUGUUUAACAGCAAACAGCAAUUAGUGUAUGAAAAAUGACUCAUAAGAGGGAAAGCAGGCUCUUCAGUUAGUGCAUCUCAAAACAAAAGAAAUUGCAAGAGAAUUUUACUUCUGGUUGUUUAUGCUGAAAAGGGUAAUUAAAUUUUCCCAAAGUAUUUAUGCUGCAAUAGAUUUCUAGGGGGUUAUUUAGUCAUAAGUUUUAUAGCGAGUUAAAAGUGAAUGUACAUCACGUGAAUAGUAAUGUUGGUUUCAUUUUCAAAUCAUUCAUGCACAACAUACAUACAGUACUAGUCAUGGGAAUGGAUUUGCAAAUACAGUAUGCAGAAUACAUGGACUAAUGUUAGAAUUUUGUUUAAAGACUUCCUUGGUAGCAUGUAGAAAAUGAAAUUGAUUAUAGUUAGUCUUUAUCUACUGUCAGCUUAUAAGAGAUAUCAUAAAUGGAAAGGAAGUUUUUAUUAUAAUAAUAAUAAUAAUCAUCAUCAUCAUUAUUGUUGUUGAAUUGUAAAUAAUAUUGGCUUUUUCUCACUUCAUGUGGUCUUACCUGUGUUGUGUACCUUCUUCAAAGCUGCAGUCAAAUUCUCCAAGUUAAGUGUAAAAAUGUUUUGGUUGUGCAUUUAUGGGAUGACUUAUGCAAGCAGCAGUCAGUAUGAAUAAGAAUCACACAACUCUCAUCCUUCAUAUUGGUAGUUGAUAAAAUUUAUAACACAAGGAAAGACGCUUGUGAUGACACUGAAUGAAUAAGGUCUUUUAAGCCUUCGAUUGACUAUGGUUUGAGAAGACAGUAUCUUCUGACUGUUAGCAUACAAGGAAUUCAAUGUUUAAUUCACUGAAGUUACAGGGAACAUGAAUGUGAAUGCUAAUAUUAUUUGUCAGUGUUGGUCAGAAGUGUAGAGGAUUGUCAAGUCUGAAUUUGUUAUUCAUCAAGGUAACACAAAUUAUGAAGGAGCUUUAUGUAAAGUUUCAGGAAACUGCAAUGGUACAAUGUUGUAGUAUUUAUUAUUUUCUGCUGAGAAUGUUACAUUUGUGGGUGUUCAGAAAACAUUGUUAACUAAGUUAAAGUGUGCUUAUGUUUAUCAUGCUGGUUAAGUAAUUAGUUCAUCUUUAACUGUACAAUGAAAUAUUACCUAGUCUACAGUAAAAUAUUCUACACACACACACACACACACAUCAUUACUGAAAAAAUCAUACCAGUGAUAAUCCUGGCAGGAGCUGGUCUGGGGAAUUCUUUUCCUAGUUGUGUUGCUACUCUGGCAAUCAUUUGAGGUUUCAUUGUGUUUUCUGAACAUGCACUUUUAUGUUGAAUGAUUGACCUGUUGAAAAGCCAGAUGAUCUGUUACCCAUAUGUAAAUCACUCACAACCAAAGACUUCUGUAAAAAUCUUAGCAAUAGACUUUUUUGUUAUUUCUUAAGCUCAUUCAUAUACGAUGCUUUUUAUCUUUGCUCAAAUGUACAGGGAUAUGUUUUGUGCUCCAGAUUGCACAUUACUGGCAUCUAUGUAAUAUGUUAUGGUUUUUAAUAAUAGAUUGUAUUUGUUUUUUCUUGUGUUGUUUUGUAUCUAGUAUAUAUAAUUUUUGUAUUAUUGCAAGGUCAGAUGAGUGGGAUUUUUUUUUUUUACCUUUUUUAUUGUAUGAUAAUUUUGAUAUAUUUAUGUAUACAUUUUUUACAUGUGUAAGAUAUGAUAUUAGCAUAUGGAGCAUCAGUAAUUACAUCAUGCUGCAUUUGGUGUGAUGGAUGAAAAAACACUAAGGUCAUGAUGGGAAUCCAUCUUUUUUUUUCUCUCUCUAGGUGUUUAGUCAAGUUUUGAAAAACCAGAAAGCAGUCAAGUUGUGUGUAAAGUAAUUUGGCAACCCACAGAUAGGAUUUCACUCAAAUUCAAGUAAUGUACCCAUAUUAUCCUGUAAUUGGAUGAAUUCACUACAUUUCUUCGGACUUGAACACCUUUGAUUUGCUGAACCAUAGGAUUAUAGAUAUCCUUCUACUAUUUACAAAUUUGUCAUUUUGUGUGUCAACAGUACCAACAAGACCUCUGCAGCAUAUAACUAAACAAAUAGUUAUAUCAUGACAGAGUUCUUUGAAUUAUUUCUGGUGUAAGUUUCAUUAUAAAUGCUGGUGAUACAUGAAGACAAAUUUUAGUAAUUUUUUCCAAUAUGACCAACUCUCUGUGCAUGUGGCAAGAGAAAAAUUGGCUGUUAGGCGAGAGAUACGAGUGGUUUGAGUGGUGAUGGUAGCUAUUGGAAGGGAACAGAAAAGCUCAUGCAUAUUGGAAAAGGAGUUUGAGGCAGUUGUGGGUGAGAAGAUGGUGCGAGUGUAUCAACAUGUUGCUUUAAAGUUAUUUGUGCACUUGUUGCAGAAAUGUUGAGCCCAGUCAUUUAUUUUUUUCUUCUUUUAUAUAUACACCAAGAUCUUUCCUGUAUUAGUCUUUUAGGGACAAUUAGCUUUAUAAAUUCACGAAGGAAACUUUAUUUCAAUACCUUGUUAAAGGAUAUCAGGGAUGUUUCAUGAUCCAGAAUUUCACUCUCAUUUAACCCCAUCAGUGGUGAGCCUGUAAGUAUCCUUGCAAGCAUUUACUAUUGAGUUAUGUUCCCACAAAUUUACAAUAUAUCGUUUAGCCCCCACAGUUUGUGCGCUUCAGUGUGAUGCUAGACAGGCAAUUAAUUGCUUCAGUGUGAUGCUAGACAGGAAAUUCAUGACAUCAGUGAGGGUUUUCCCAGAACUGUGGUGAGUACUAUGGUUAUAUGUUUAACUUAAUAUUUAGGAUAAACCCCCACUAAAUUGCAGGGUGGGGGGGGGGUGGGGGUGGGGUUCCCACCAGCCAGCCACCCACUCUGGGCAGCAUUCCUUAUUACCACUGAAGGGGUUAAUUCAUCAUGAUUGUAUCUUCACUUUCAUAACAUAAAUGACAUCUGAAUGAGAAUAACUGAUAUUUCAUGUGUUUUGGUUAAGCAUUAGGCAUCAUAAAUGUUUCAUUAUCUUUCUCUUAGUGUCAGGCAAUGCACGGUUCCAGUCACUGUAUCAUAAUUUGCCAUUCAGUGAAUGCUUUAAAGUUCACACAAUCUUGUAUUGCCUGGAAAUACACUACAGUACAUUGAACUUAGUUUUCAAAACCCUAAUUACAAGAAUAUUCGUAUUUACACAAGUAUGACAUAUAAAGAUAUGUUUAACUUUAAAGAUUCAAGACCCCUUAAAAAAAGUAGAAAAAUCCACUAAGGUGGCAACAGUUUCACAUGUAAGCCCUUUGGGGUUUUGUGACAAGAUGGUUCUUACAUUUGUUUACUGUGGUCUAUGUCUGUCUCACCUUGUCAUGUUUGGGAAUGUGGAGAUUUCUGUGUGUUUUAUGUACUUUCGUAGUGUUUAAGGAAAUUUGAUAAAAUUUUUAGUUUUCUACUUAUAUUUAUAAAAACUUUGAAGCAGGGAGUAUUGUAUAACCAUGACCAAAGUCUAAAAUGCACUAGAAUAUAUAUGUACAUGUUCUGGGGGCAUUGCACUUAAAAACAUGUAGUGUAGUGUAUAAAAAAAAAAAAAAAAAAAAAAUAAUAUAAUAUAAUAUAUAUAUAUAAAUUAACCGCUCCACCUUGUUUAGAGAAACAUGAUGCAUCAAAGAAGACCUACAUAUUCUUCUGCUAUAUGUCCUUCAUAUCUUUAUAAAUUUCAGUAAACUUUGAUUGUGAUAUUUACAUCAAGGUUCUUAAUCUCUGUAACCAACAUUUAGUCCACUAUAUACUAUUUUUUUUUUUAAUAUUUGAGAAUCAUCACAAAGCAAAUUAUGAGGAAUUUAUUCGGGGGCCUGGCUGUUCAUGGUACAUAAUCAAAAUGUGAUGUAACUGAAUGGGACCAUUUUUUACUUUGUAAACUUGUCCUAAGUUUGUAAUAUUUUUUUUAAGCUUAUGUAAAAUACCGUCUUACACGUUUAAGAAGUACUUAUAAAAUAUCUAAGUCCUGAAACCUAUUUAAUGGUUUAUAUUUGUUCAUCAUUGUAGAACUCCCUGCAGUUAAGUAGUUAAAUUUAAGUAUAAACUUUACCCAACCUGACAGUCCUGAAGAUAUGGAGGUAAAGUUUGGUGGUUGCAAGUCUCUGGUUCAAUAUGUGGUUAUGUAUCUACAUGAUGGAAUUUCUUUAUCCAUUUUUUUUAAUAAUUGUCAUCCCUCAUGUUUUUCUUAGUAAAUUUCUGCUGCAUACUAAGGAUUAUUUUUUAUUCUAAACAGAUAUAAAAUCAAAUAGAACCACAUAUAUAUUAUAUGCUCAAUGUUUACAAUAUACAGAUAGUAGUGUUUUAUAUUAUAUGCUCAAUGUUUACAAUAUACAGAUAGUAAUGUUUUAAGUUUAAAAUGAGAACUUUGUGCGAACUGCUUAUUUCUUGUUCUUUUAAGACCACAAAGGUUUGAGGCACAGUGAGAAGAAACUGAGAUUCCUAAAUGUUUUCAAGCUCCUUUAGGUUUUGUCUCAAAAGAUGCACAGCAAGUUAAUCAGUAUUUUCCUCCAGGAUUAUAUAUGCAACAUGACAAGAAUAUUAACAAAAAGUACCAAUGCUUAGUGUAUGUAUGUUUGUGUUUACUGGUGUUUCAAGGUUAUUGUCUGAUUUAAAAAAAAUUUCCCCAAGAUAGUCAUGAGUGAGUGGCUCAUGUGUAUAUAUAAUAUAGACCUGUACAGUGAAGUAAUAAAGUGUCAAAAAUC